AUAAAUAUUGAAUAUAGUCGCUUCACAUCUGUCAUGAAAUGUAAAUGUAUAAAGAUCAAUAACAAGAAACGAUUCCCUUUCAAUUCUGUUUAAAUGUCAGACAGAAUAAUGUUGUUUCUUCUGGGCUUCUUUACAUUGACUCUUACGAUUCUAUCUAUCUCAGCUUCAGAAGACGCAGUAAAACCAAAUUCAAACGACCCGGUCUCAUUUCUCUGCCAUGAAGGCGAAUUCUUUAUUAAAACCAGAAGGAAUCAUUCCGAAGCCAACAGGGGAAGACCAGGCGAAUGGAAAACAGCUUGCGAAAAUGAAGUACUUGAACUAGACUGUGGUGAAGAUAAAACAGUGAGAAUCAUUGACGUGGAGUACGGAAGAAGUGACGGGACAACAUGCCAUCGAUAUCCACACUUCUUCAUGUCAUGUUCGUCAAGCGAAGCAUAUCACAAAGUUCAUCAAAGGUGCGAUAACAAAGAAAGAUGUACGAUCGUAGCCAACACAGAUGAAUUCGGUGAUCCAUGCCCAGGCAUCAUUAAAUAUUUAAAGGUCAAACACAGGUGCGAACCAGUUGAGCCGGACACCUUAAAGCAAGUUGUGAUUUGUGAGAAUGAUAGCAAGACUCUGAAAUGCCCAAAAGGAACAUAUCUCAUGAUAGCCGAAGCAUUUUAUGGAAGGGCAGAUAAAAGUACUUGUCCGCAUCCGAAAAUAAAAGAUACCAACUGCUCGGCAAAAAACGUCAUGGACAUCGUUGGCGCAAAGUGUGAUCAAAAGGAACAAUGUGAACUGACCGCUUCCAACAGUUGGUUCAGAAACCCAUGCAAAGGGACCCACAAAUACCUCAUGGUUGAUUAUCAAUGUAUUGUAGACGACUUAGGUUACGCAGCAGCUUGCGAAAAUGGAAACAUGGAAAUAGUUUGUAAAAACAGUUCUGUGAUCAACGUGGUGAGAGCUGAGUAUGGAAGGGGACACCCGUUCGUCUGCAACAACAGCCCAACUCCGAUAAAGCCCAAAGGAUGUUCCAGCCCUAACGAAAUUGCCAUUGUGUAUGGAAGAUGUCAAGGAAAGAGCCGCUGCGUCAUACCAGCCACAAAUGAGGUUUUUGGUGAUCCCUGUAAAGGCACUGCAAAAUAUCUGGAGCUAGAUUAUUUCUGUGGAGAAAUAUGGGAUCCAGAAGAUUCACCGGGGGCGCCAAUCAUAAAAGAUGUAACCAAGAGCACUGUAACAUUUACUUCAGAAAAGCUAAAUAAAACCACAUCUUCAGAGUAUAAGACACAGAUGAAGGGAGCAGAUGAGAAGGAUUGGUCUGACGUUCUGGACGGAAAAGCUUUCGACUUGGGAAAAGAACUCUCAAUCGGCGGCCUGGACCCGAAUGACCAAUUGGACAUUAGAGUUGUGAAGAAAAAGGAGGAUCUGUCGUCGUGCAUUCCUUUCGCCAGAUUUAGAACAAAAUCUUGAAAAUUGUCUUAAUCAUCUUUAUAUGGCUUCUAAUAAUGCCAAUAAAUAUUACUAUUUUUAGUUAUUAGUAGUUUUUACUAUGUUUCCUUCAAAUAAAUAAAAUUAUAAUAACUAGUUGGUCCAGACGAAUAAUUCGUACAGUGUAUUCGUCAAAAAUACUAAUUCAAUUUGGAAAUAAAUAAAUUCAAUGUAUUAUAACAUCAAAGGAUUCAUUUUCAUUUCCUUGUGCUCACUAGCGGAUCCAGGAUUUAAUUUUGGGGGUGGGGCUUUAGCCCGAAAGCUUUUUUUUUUCAUAAAAGUAACGAUAAUUACCUUGGAAAAUAAGAAAGAAACUAAGUACCUAUAUGAACUAGUGUUUAAGUGAUUCCUAAAGCCCUUUUAAAUGUAAUUACACGAAUAAUUAUAUUUUAAGAGAUAGUUUUUAAAUAUUUUUUUCGAUAAAGCAUGGUUAUAUUUUACCAUUUUUG